AUGCCUCGUCCCAGAAAGUUGCUGGACAUGCGCUGCACCACAUGUCAGACAAGCUUCAACCGACGAGAACACUACCAGCGGCAUCUGCGGUCACAUACAGAGGAGAAGCCUUUCUCCUGUGUCUAUUGUCAGCAAAUCUUUAGCCGCGGAGACUCACUGGCCCGCCACUAUACGUCUGUCCAUCAGACAGACACGGGGAAGCCCCUGGCCAAAAGACGUAGAGUCAUCAAAGCCUGCGAAUCAUGCCGGCUAUCUAAAGUCCGAUGUGAUGGAAAGGAGCCAUGCCAGCGUUGCUGCGACCAGCAUCGAGAAUGCUCCUAUCUGGUCUCCAAGCGCACCGGACAAUCUGCCACACGCACUGGCCAACUGCCUAGGGGACAUUGUCUGAACCUUCCCUCUAGGCAGGAUCAAGCAGGCAGUCAGCCUACGAAUACUUCGCUCAGUAUAAACGUAGUGUCGCAAGCUUAUCCACAAAGUCAAAAGCUGUAUGAACAGGCACCGGUACAUUCUCCCGCCCAGGCCGACGCGGCCUAUGGAGCCAUCGAUACGAUCACGGUACCUCCCUUCUUUUCGUUGGACUGGAAUGACUUUGAUGAGUGGCUCAACUUUGGUUUCGACGAUGAGUACAUGGGGCUAUCCGCUCCUGCGGCAUCCGCCACAGCCGCCAUCACCGGGCUCUAUGGUAACAUUCAGGAACCAGAUAUGGAUAAAGAUGCCAUCGACCCGAGACAGUACUAUCCGGCUUCUAUUGAACUGGACGCUCAGUUAGUGUUUCCCGACAUGGCUACUAUCGCCAGCGAGGAUAUAGAGAAGGAAAAUCUGGCCCUUGUCGAGCAGGUUCCGGACGGUACCCCACGGAAGGUGUUCGAGAUGGCUACCGUAUUGCAAACCAAAUCCAACUAUCCCAAGUUUAUCGAGUUACGCAUCCCGCCUGCUCGCGUCCUCAAUGCCUGGGUCCAACUCUACUUUGAGCAUUUCCACCCUGUCUUUCCGAUUUUGCAUAAGCCUACCUUUUGCCCUGCGAGGAUGAAUCCAUUCCUCGUUCUUACCGUUGCAGCCAUCGGCGCGCAUUUCUCAGAUCUGGAGGGCUCACAGGCUUGUUACAAGGCGAUGCAUGAGCUCAUCCGACGAUAUACAUCGUACACAGUGAGGCUACACCUCAAGACCACCUCUGUCAGUUCGAACACAGUCGGCUAA